UGACGUCGGCCCCCGUGUUUUGUAUGUAAUGGCAGCGUACACAUUGGCCACGCUUGCCUUAUAAAAAUAGGGUUUUUUUUCCCUUAAUUUUUGACACGUCUUGGUUUGAAUAAUCUGUAGUCAUGCCGGGGAGGCAAAGCAACAAAUUACCCAACAACUUGCCGCAACUUCAGAAUCUCAUAAAGAGAGACCCGCAGUCGUAUGUCGAUGAGUUUCUCCAGCAGUACCGCCAUUAUCAGUCCAAUGUGGAGAUCUUCAAGCUGCAGCCUGACAAAGCCAACAAGGACUUGGCGGAGCUGGUCAUGUUCCUGUCUCAGGUGGCUCACUGCUACACGCAGCAGCUGUCCACGUUUCCUCGGGACCUGUCUGAGUUAUUAAGGAGCUACCACACUAUCAUAGAGCCAGAACUGCGAAUGACUUUCUGCAAGGCGCUGAUUCUUCUGCGGAAUAAGGAUCUUAUCGACCCCACAAUCCUCCUGGAGCUCUUCUUUGAGCUGCUGCGGUGUCAUGAUAAACUUCUCAGGAAGACUCUUUACACACACAUCGUGACAGAUAUCAAAAACAUCAACGCAAGACACAAAAACAACAAGAUCAACACAACCCUGCAGAACUUUAUGUACACAAUGCUGAGAGACAGUAACCCCAUAGCAGCAAAGAUCUCCUUAGAUGUCAUGGCUGAGCUUUACAAGAGGAACAUAUGGAAUGACGCCAAAACGGUUAAUGUCAUUACAACAGCAUGCUUCUCCAAGGUGACAAAGAUUCUUGUCGGAGGCCUAAAGUUCUUCCUGGGCAAAGAUGAGGAUGAAAAAAACGAGAGUGAUUCGGAAUCCGAGAACGAAGGAACGUCUGCAAGAGACCUGAUGAUAAAAUACUCGACAGGCAAAAAAACCACCAAAAACAAAAAGAAGCUGGAAAAAGCGAUGAAAGUCCUCAAGAAACAUAAGAAAAAGAAGAAGCCUGAAGUCUUCAAUUUUUCGGCGAUCCACCUCAUUCACGAUCCUCAAGAUUUCUCAGAGAAGCUCUUGAAGCAGCUGGAAAGCUCCAAGGAGCGAUUUGAGGUGAAGAUUAUGAUGAUGGAGCUCAUCUCUCGUCUGGUUGGAAUCCAUGAGCUCUUCCUCUUCAAUUUCUACCCCUUCAUCCAGAGGUUUCUGCAGCCGCAUCAGAGAGAGGUUACAAAGAUUCUGCUGUGUGCCGCCCAGGCUUCACACCAGCUGGUUCCACCUGAGGUCAUUGAACCUGUGAUCAUGACUAUUGCCAACAACUUUGUGACAGACAGGAACUCUGGGGAGGUCAUGACUGUCGGCAUCAACGCCAUCAGAGAGGUGGCAGGCCGCUGCCCGCUCGCCAUCAAUGAGGAUCUACUGCAGGACUUGACUCAGUACAAGACCCACAAGGACAAGAAUGUAAUGAUGUCUGCCAGAGGACUGAUUCAACUGUUCAGAAAUCUCAAUCCACAGUUGCUGCAGAAAAAGGACAGGGGGAGGCCCACAGAAGCCUCUAAAGAGGCCAAAAUAAAAGACUAUGGAGAGCUUGAGGCUAAAGACUACAUUCCUGGAGCUGAGGUCCUAGAGGUGGAGGAGGAAAACAAAGAGGAAGAUGAAGAUGGUUGGGAGAGUGCUAGCAUCAGUGACGACGACGAGGACGGAGAGUGGGUUGAUGUUCACCACUCAUCUGAUGAAGACGCAGGAGAAGUGGCUGAGAAACUCCAGAGUAUUCCAGCUGAAGAGAGAAAAGCGAAGGCAGCGGCGGUCAGCGGCAGCCGGCUCCUCACUCAGGACGACUUCAAGAAAAUCCGUCUGGCCCAAAUGGCAAAGGAGGUCAAUGCUGCUCCAGGGAAGGGUCAGAAGAGGAAAAUGGCAGACAGUGACAAUGAAGAGGACAAAGGGGAGCUGCUGACCCUGAGACACAUCGAGAAACUGCACAAAAAACCAAAAUCAGACAAAGAAACCCGACUUGCAACAGCCAUGGCCGGACGGACGGAUCGAAAGGAAUUUAUGAAGAAGCGCACCAAGCUGAACCCGCAUGCCAGCACCAGCAACAAGGAAAAGAGGAGGAAGAAGAACUUUAUGAUGAUGAGACACAGUCAGAAUGUCAGAACAAAAGGCAAACGCUCCUUCAGAGAGAAACAGCUCGCGCUCCAGGCCGCCCUCCUGAAGAAGAAGAAGCAGUACAAGUAGAACAAGCAGGAGGCACUCAUGCUGGCUCUGACAGCCAUCAUAGAAAUGGGACUGGGUCAAAUAAUAUUGUACAUCUUUUAAAUGGCAUGUAAACAUACUAUCUUUAUGUAUUUUUGUGUGCAAAUGUACAUAAACUUACACUCUUGAAAUAAAUAAUCAUUGCUAUUUG